AUGAAAAAACUGACGGAGCGCAUAGACGACCUGAAGCAGAGAAUCGCUGCUUGGGGAAAGCGAAUUUGGCAAUAUACCGAGAAGUCGACACGGUUCAACAAGAAUCGUCUCUUCCAGAGUGAUCAGAAGAGGCUCUAUAAAUCAUUGGAUCAACCAAUGGUAAGUGGAACGGGACCAGUACCGAAUCAGGCCGAUACGGUCGCAUUCUGGCGCAGCCUGUGGUCAGAGCCCGUAAAUCACAACGAGGGCCCUUGGAAGGUAGUUGUGGCGAGUCAGUGUGCGGGUAUUACGCCCAUGCAUCCCGUCAUCAUAACGCCAGAUGACGUAGCUGAGGUGGUCUGUAGGGCCCCGAACUGGAAAAGCCCGGGGCUUGACGGGCUGCAUCACUACUGGCUGAAGGGGUUCAUGAAACCAGCUAUGUUCUGGUGCAUUACACAAAAUGAGUCAUUGUUCAUAAAAAAGGAAGUGUCUGUGAUCUCCGGUUUGGUGUUUGUUGAAAUUCUCCAAGUGGGGGACCAGGAGCUCCUCUCCAAUGACGUUGAAAUAUCCGGCGUAACUGAGCUUGGAGGAGAAAAUCUUAUGUCAACAGUUACAGUUCUAUCUACGAAGCUGGGAAUAACAUUAGACAAAAGAGACAUUGUUAAGGAACUGGAAUUAGAGCAUAUGAGGAGUACAUUGGAAGAGACGAUUGUGGAAACGCGCAGUACGCCUCUCGAUAAUCGACCGCGACUUCCCCGCAUAGCCCUAAGCAAGCGGAAUCGGGCUGUCGUGAGGGCUCUGAACCCAAUGCUGGUGACCUAUUUGGAAGCUAGCCGGUACCUUUGCGAGACGGACUCAAUUCUUUUUGGCGCCGCGCUGGCAACCUGCCGUAUCAUAGGCGCCAAGGUUUCCACGGCUGGACGCGCUACUGGCCAUAGUAGCGCUAUCCCAGCAUGGAGAAGAAGAAUUGAGGAACGUAUCGCAAAGGCUAGAGCUCUCAUCGGCAGACUGAUAUGCUUCAGAUCAGGCAACAACAGGCCAAGAAUUGUGCGCACAGUCAGGAUGGCGUUUGCUGGGACAAAUGUCAGUUUGUCGGACGGAGCGCAUAGAUGA